AUGACACUACUUACGGCUCUCGGCCUGCGCCGCAAAAACAAGUGGGAGCCUCCAACACUCCUCGACUCCCUCCUCAACUCGCCUCUCCACUUCGUCGUCACGAUAGUCUACAAUAUCCUCCUGUUUCUGCGCGGCCGACCGUUUAUUCCACCUCGCGAUAAGCCCGCCAUACGCGUUGUCUGUCUCUCUGAUACCCACGACCACACCAAUGUCGACGUUCCCCGAGGUGACCUGCUCAUCCACGCCGGAGACCUGACCAGCACUGGCUCUGUAGAAGACAUUCAAAAGCAGCUUGACUGGCUAGCCUCAUUCCCCCAUCAGCACAAGGUUCUCGUCUGUGGCAACCACGAUAGCUACUUCGACCCCAGCGCUCGCCUCCCCGAAGACCGCGGUAAGACCCUCGACUUCAAGGGCAUCCGCUAUCUCGUCCGCGAUACUGUGACAUUGGAUUUUAAGGGCGGCCGCCAUCUCAAGAUCUAUGGAGCCCCUGAUAUUCCAGCCUGUGGCGGCUCCGACAAUGCGUUUCAGUAUCACCGCUCCUCGCCGCCUUGGGCUAACACAGUACCCAUUGAUACCGAUAUUCUCAUCACUCACACACCACCCAAAAACCACAUGGACUUGGGCUUAGGCUGCCCUGGUCUUCUGAGAGAAGUUUGGCGGGUGCGCCCAAAGCUCCAUGUCUUUGGCCAUGUUCACUGGGGCCACGGUCGCCAGACAGUGCACUUCGACGACUGCCAGCGCGCCUAUGAAACUCUUCUAUCUCAACCCCCGCGUGGCCUCAUCCGCGACUUUUUCCCCCAUUCCGGCUGGCUAGAUGGCCUCAAAGUAUUGGGCUACGGUGUGCACGGCGUCGUGUGGAAGUGGCUGAUGGUUGGGCCCGGUGGCAACACCAGCAGCCUUAUGGUAAACGCGGCUCAGAUGUACGGAAAUACAGGGCGUCUCGGGAACCCGGUGGAGGUGGUAGAUCUAUGA